ACGAGAGCGAGAAUUAGGGACCUAUGUAUACGCAUUUACUAGAGAACCCGAGAGAAAAUUGGGGCCGCGUCGUUGUUGUAGGGAGCUUCUAAGCUGAGCACCUGCACUUCGCGUAUAUAUUGCUAUCUUUCACCUGAUCUCCUUAGUAUCGUUCGUUGCCACUUUCGUGGGAUUCCAGAUGAACGCAUAAGUUGUUCACACAAGCGCUAAACGCUUUCCAGUUUAUCACACUGCACAUAAAGCGUACGCCCGCAUGCGAUCGCGUAUAUUAUUGUAUAGCAAUAUACAUAUACUACAAAGCUGAUAAGCAGCUAAAUACGCUAUUACAUUGUAAUCAUGCACAUUGAAGAAGUGAUCAUAGACGGCUUCAAGUCGUACAGGCACCGCACAGUGGUGUCUGGGUUUCAUACGCAUUUCAACGCUAUCACAGGAUUGAAUGGUUCUGGAAAGUCCAACAUCCUCGAUGCCAUCUGCUUUGUUUUAGGUAUUACCAAUCUCAAACACGUGCGUGCACAGAAUCUGCAAGAUCUGGUGUACAAGAAGGGUCAUGGGGGUGUUACCAAAGCGAGUGUGACCAUAGUGUUCGACAACAAGGACAAAGAAACCUCCCCAGCGAACUACGAGGCGUUUGAUCAAAUCACCGUUACUCGACAGAUCCAAAUCGGAGGCACGAAUAAGUAUCUCAUCAACGGUCGCAAUGUGGACAAGAAACGUCUCAACGCACUCUUCCUGUCUGUGCAGUUGAAUGUGAACAACCCGCACUUUCUGAUUAUGCAGGGCCGAGUAACCAAGGUGUUGAAUAUGAAACCCCCGGAGAUUCUAUCGCUGAUUGAGGAGGCAGCAGGCACCAAACUGUUUGAGAUCAGCAAAAAGGAAUCUUUCUCAAUGAUUGAGAAAAAGGACAAGAAACUCAACGAGAUUGAUUCGGUAUUGGACGAAGAGGUUGAGCCGAAGAUGCAGCAGCUGAAGAAGGAGCGUUCGGCUUACCUAGAGUUCCAGAAGAACCAGCAGGAAAUUGACAUCCGCAGCCGCUAUGUCACCGCAUAUCACUACUGCUGCAACAAGAGCAAAUACGAUGCCAUGAGCGCGGAAUUUGUGGUGGUGGAGAAGGUGAUGCUGGACUUCAACAAGCGCAAAAGUGAACUCGUGCUGCAGCUCAAGGACACGGAACAGAAUCUCGAGAUUCUGCGCAAAAAGAAGGAAGCGGAAAUAGGGGGAGGACUGCGCGAUCUCGAUAAGGAGGUGCAAUCGAUUUCGAAGAAAUUGGUCACUGAGACAGCCAGUGUGGCAAAUGCCACAGAUACUCUCAAUUCAGAGACGCUUGCUGUGGCACAAUUCGAGGAGAGUGAGAAGGAGGCAUUGGAGGCUAUUGAAGCGAAAAAGAAAGAGCUGGAGAAGGCCAUGAAUGACCUCGGCCCCAUUGAACAGGCGCACAUCACCGCUGCAGAGGGUAUGGAGAAGGCCAAACGUGAUCUGCAGGCGGUGCGUGCGGGUAUGAGCACUGGAGAGAGUGACAAUGCGUCCAGUUUUGACGACACCAUUCGACAGGCAGAGAACGAGCAAGCCGCGGCUGAAAGCGAGAGGCAAACACGGCAGAUGAAGGUCAAGCACGCUACAGCUGAACUUAAGACGAAGAAACCUCAGGCGGUGCAGGCCGAAAAGACCCACGGCAGCGCCACGCGACAGCUCAAAGAAAAGCACAGCCAACUGGAACUCAUGCGCACACAAUUGCAAGUGCUCCCCUUCGACAAGGACGCAUAUGACACUCUUAACAAUGAGAGGAAAGUUUUGGCCGAUCGCGUGCGCCAAUUAGAGAACACGUUCGAGAGUUUGAAGUCUGAGAACAGAGGAUUCACUUUCAAUUAUUCAGACCCGGAACCCAAUUUCGAUCGAACCAAGGUGCACGGAUUGGUGGCGCGAUUGAUUCAAAUAGCCAACGAAAACGUGACGGGAGCCCUGGAGGUUGCUGCAGGGGGUCGCCUGUACAAUGUAGUCAUUGACUCGCAAGAGACGGGUGCUAAGCUGCUUAAACGUGGUCGUCUGCGCCAUCGCGUGACGUUCAUUCCGCUCAAUCGCAUUGCCGCACGAACAAUCACACCACAGCAACUACAACGGGCCAAGCAGCUAGUGGGUGUGGAGAAUGCCGAACUCGCACUAACAUUAGUGGGAUAUCCCAAAGACAUUGAGAAGGCCAUGCAGUACGUGUUUGGGACGACAAUUGUCUGCACCAGCGCUCAGGCUGCUCAGAAAGUGACAUAUGACAGGGAUGUUCGCACUCGUUGCGUCACACUGGACGGUGACGUAUACGAACCCUCGGGCACUCUGUCUGGCGGGUCCAAUAGAAACAAAAGCUCAGUACUGCAAAGGUUGCAGAAGCUCAACCAGGCUGAGGAGGAAUUCACACAGGCGGCACGAGAACUCGCAGAUUUGGACGCCAAACUGGAGAUGUGCACGCAGCAGAAGACCCAUUACUCCGAAACAGCGGCUGCUUUGAAGAACCUGCAGUACCAGUACGAUUUGCUGGACAAGACCAUCCGUAGCAGUCCCCACGGCGCACUGAUCCAAGAGGUGGCGGACCUCGAGAAGGCCAUUGCCGACCACACCGAAGCCAUACAGCACGCCACGCACCAGCUCAAGACGGCUGCAGCACGCAUUGAGGAAGUGGAGAAGGAGCGCAAAGCUUUUGUCAACAGCCGCGAGAGCCAGACAGAGAAAAUGGAAAAGCUUCUGGCGCUGCAGAGGAAGGCGAGUCAAAAGGCCACGCAGAAGUUCAAGGCGCAUAAAGAGGUGAUAGACGGUUUGGAAUUGGAGCUGCAGCAAAUGAGCAACGAUCACGAAGGCUUCGAUGCGCAAAAGGCUGAUCUAAAGGCCUCUGUCGAAAAGGCAAAGGCUAACCUGACGGCGCGGCAGCAAAAGUUGCUACAAAUCGAGGCGGACUAUGAUUCGGCCAACGAAAGGUUGCAGAAGAAACGCGAGAAACUCGACGAAACUGAUGCGGAGAUGAAGAAGAUGGCUGCCACAAAGGCCAAAGUUGAGAAGGAGCAGGGCGAUCUGGAGAUUGAGAACAAGACGGCGAUGCAUAGGAAAAGCCGAAUGCAGAGUGAACUCAAGGACCAGGCUGACAGUGUUAAGCACCUGUUGCUAAGCAACGUAUGGAUCACGAAGGAAGAACAUCUCUUCGGCAAUCCCGGCACAACAUAUGAUUUCCAGAAUGGACAGGACCCUCAUGAAAGCGAAGUGGAGUUACAACGACUGAAGGCUAUGCAGGAGGGGCUCAAGGGGCAAGUUAAUAUGGAGUUCGGUCCGGAUGUACCACCAUUUACACGUGUUUUCGUGUUUGAAGCUGAGAUGCGAAAAGGCGACGUCACGAACGUGUCACUCGACAUUCACGCGCCUCUAAGAGCCCAAUUAGAAGGCUAG